AUGUUGAUAUUCACCGGUAUUUGUAUCUGGUCGCUCAUUGCCAUGAAGAGAUUAUGGAGCUGCCCGUUUCGACCGGAGAACGGAACUAUGCCUCCUAACCAAGAAAUCCCAGGCGACCGGAAUUCCAAUAAAUCCACAGCACUAGGCAUCCAAUUAAUGCAUGCUCAAGCUCUUGGCGACUUGGAAGCGGGAGAGCGACAGUGUAGGAUUCAAAAUGAACCGGAAGAGGAAAAAGCCAAGAAAAGAGGAAGAAGGAAAGAAAAAGGUAGCCUGGAUGUCGAUCAGAUAAGAUCGUCCUACAUUUCCAUCAAGCCCUAG